GCAGCCAUCGCAUCCCUCGCAUCCAUCGCAUCCAUUCGCACCCGUGAGUAAUUAAAUUUUAAACGCUUACUUGUGCCAAAGCGAACUGCUUGCAAUAAUUACGGAAGCCAUUAGGCAAGCUCUCAGUUGAGGGGGGCGGAAAAUGUCGGAAAAAUUUCCACACAGAUAUGCUUUUCCCGUGGCUGCAGUUGGUUCUACUUUUGUUCCUUGGGCUAACAGUCACGUGGACCAGCUUGAAUCGCAUCGAUUGGCCGAAACGACACUUGGGAUGGUGGCAGAAGCAGUACUACCAAUCAAAUUGGAGGCAAAGACUGCGAUUUACAACUACUCCCAAACCUGGGGCCACUCCAGAAUCGCAAGAGAUGCGAUUGGUGUAUCCCUGCUAUUGCUAUAAGCCAUCACUCAAAGGAUUGGCAACUGCCAGUCCAGUUGAGAAGCGAAUGAUUGAACCAAAAGAACUUUUUUACCUGAAUAAAUAGUCAACUUUUUGCUGAUAUAAGUACGG